UUCUCUCUUCCACAAUUUACAGGAUCUUUUUGUUCUGCAUCUCUCUUUCGUGUUUAGCAGGAGAUCGUGGAAAACAACGAUCGAUCUAAGGAUUUCGAUCUACCUUUGGAUCGCAUUAUCUGACUAAGAACUCACUCCGAUCGUCGCUUUUUCUCUGAGAUGACGUCUUUCAUGACUCCGAGAGUUUUCUCGCCGGCAGCUGUAAAUCCGAUGCCUGCUUCUGUCUAUAGUUGCGAUAAGGUUUCUUAUUCUUACUCGGUUGCCGUUGUUCCUGGUGUACGAAGCCGUAAGAAGGCGAUGCAACAACCACUGUCGGUGAGAGCGAUGGCGGUGGCGAAGUUCAAAGGGACAUGGAUGAGAGAGAAGCAGCUAACGGAGAUGAUAGAGAAGAAAGUGAUGGAAGCGAAGGGAGUUUGCAAAGGAAACGAAGCGUCGGACGAGUGCAAGGUUGCGUGGGACGAGGUGGAAGAGGUGAGUCGGGCCAAAGCCGAUCUCCGGCGGAAGAUGGAGAAGCAUGACCCUCUCGAAUACUUCUGUCAGGAAAAUCCUGAGACGGACGAGUGCCGGAUCUACGAGGAUUGAUGGUUUAUUCCA